AUGGCAGAGGCCAUCUACUACCACGCGUCCCUGUACGCCUUCGACGCGGCGGCGAGAGACGCCAUCAUAGCGACUUUUAAGAGCCGCGUCAAUGAUGUCUCGGUGCGUUGUCACUACGACACCGAACAGGGGAUGUUUUGCGUAGUCUGCCCAUCAGGGCAGGACGUAGGGCCGGAGGCGGACAAUAUCCUCGCCACCGUCAUCGACGAGUUUGUGCUGCAGGAGGUGUCGGCUGCAGAGAGGGAGCAGCGAGAAUCAUCAGUCCGAAUGUUUCAAGAGCUGGACUACGACGCUCCCAUUACCACCGGCCAACAGCAACACACGGCACCUACAACACAAAAUGCUCCAGCCGCCCCUUCUCCGAAAGUCGUACAUGUUAUGGCCAACUACACCACUCGCAACUCAUCUGUCAAAUUCUUUCUGCUUCGAGAAAUGCCACAAGGAGUUCUCGAGCGACUGCUCGCCCCGUCGGAUGUACGAUCUACCAAAGCCGUGAAAUCAAGCAUGGCCAUACGCCUUGUCAAAUGGGAUGCCGAACGAGCAGUCCACGUUUUCAACGCCAGACUGGGUACUCCCAUUGAGCCUGCCGGUAACUCUACUCUGCACAUCCUCAACUCUGCACUGUUCGAGCGAAUUGAGGAUCAACGAGCCAACAUCCGAUCCUCUGAUAACGACAACACCCAGAUCGACACAAUGCAGCGUUGGAGGUUUGUUGGUCAGGAACCAAGCGUACAGCAGUUCUUGGCAGGCAUGGGUGAGACUGAGCUUGUCGACCCUGAAGAGCCGCCGGAAGUACCAGCAGACGGAGAAAACUUCAUGGCUCGUCCAGGAUUUGGCAUCACUGCCUUACAAGGCCGAGCAAGAGUACCGAGGGCACGCGCACAUUCCAGCAGUGAAACUUCGGCCGCUGGCAACACGAAUGACGCUGAUGACGACAGCACCGUGACGGAUCGUCAACCAUUCUCCAACCUCUUCUCCAGUAGAGCUCAGGCAUCUGGCUCAGGACACCAUGCGGAAACUGAUACCAGAAAUGCUAUCAGCGACGUCACAGAAUCAAGACCUGACUUCGCCAGCCUCUUCCAAAGAUCCGGCAUCCCCACGGCAGCUUCAUUGGCUGGAGUCUUUUCUUCCAUUACAGCUCAGAACGGCUCAACAUCCCUCGACGCGGCACUCACCGACCUAAACGAUGAAUCCACGUCAUCACCGUCUCGUCACGUUGAAGGACCUACCCCUUCAGACUACCAUGGGAUGCCUCCAUACUCUAGGACGUAUGCUACAACUGAUGACAUCGGACUCGUGGCACCAGCAGUUAAUCAAGCUGCUUGGGAGACGGAGAACAACGUUCCGCACAGGCGCAGAGUCAACAGAAGUGGUGUUCAGCGGAGGAUGCAGCCCUCAACGACCAACAGUGUUCCCGUCAGUACGGCUAUUAGCGAGACCUCUGGCUCCGAUCCUCAGAACUCAGGAUCUCCUGGUCCUCGUCUUGACGCUGGACGCCGCCUCGGAAACUCCCACGCCAGGCUUUCAGCGCAAGCACCGCCCGCAAGCACUCAUCUCGCACAACCACAGCAUUGCCCCUUUGACCCUCACAACAACCUGAUCGACGAUCGGGCUCCUAUCAACGCUCCGACCACAGCUCCGAGACCUCCUCCCGGAUUUCUGGACAACGAACAGCAGUCUCGUGGUGCACCAACCAUGCACGAUGGUGACCACAAUUCUGCUUCAUUCGACGCUGGGCCAAACCUCAUGGACGAAGAUGACGACGACCAGGUCGUCGAACGCCUUCAACCUGCGCUCGCCCCUGCCCGCACCUUCAACACCAUGCGGCAGCAAAAGGGCAAGAAGAAGGGUGCCACCACUGGCAACAAUACUGCAAUGGCAAAAGCUUCCAGCAGCCCGCCGGUGGAGCUCCCGAAACCUGAGCCUCCACCAGCUCCGAAGUCUCGCAAAAGCAAAGACAAACACAAGGAGAACACCACAAACACCACCGCUGAGACCGCCGAUGCAUCAAAUGGUGGCUUGGAGGACGAGCUCAGCGCUCUUGUACAGCAGCUCUCUACCUCAUCCGAUCUAAGCCUGGCAAGGAUCGAUGUUCGCUUCGGCAUGGUUCUCAUCCGCCAUGUCAACGACAGAGCUUUCUUCACGGGUGCCAUGGAGACUGCAGAGGUCGAGAAGAAGCUGCAUGAAGCUGGCGAUGCUGUCAGGACCGACUUCUUGGCACGCUUGACCACCUCUACCACGGACGCACGGUAUCUGCUGGACUCCUUCUCUGGUGGCGAAGUCGCUGCCAAUGUUGUGUAUGAGGUUCACCUCAAGAACUCCGAAGGCAGAAUACGGGUUCUGCGCGUCGACCAAGCCGCCCAGCAAGAUUUUCAUGUUCUCGCCACAGAGACUGCACUUGGCACUGCCUACCUUCAUUAUCCAAUCCACGUCUGGGACGCGGAGGUCACCGUCGAUAUGCCCACCGUCGAAGAAUCUUUGACAGAGCCAUGCCGCACGAUUGUCUCUUCAAUGCGUACUCUCGGUCAAGCUCCCUCCUUCACCGCGAUGAUCCCACUGGAGUCUGGAUCGGUCGAGAAGGUGAUGGCGAAGCGGGUGUUCACUAAGACCGGUGGUGAUGGCGUUGUCCUGAAAGUCACCGAAGUCCAAGACCUCAUUUGGGCCCCAACGCUGUCUCCCGACUACAACCUGCAGGCGACGGCUGGGACUUCAGAGGAGAUGAUCGAGGGGCAGAGGCUGUGGUGGGAGGCGGGUCUUGUGCUGGAUGAUGUUGGGCCUCAGGCUACGGCAAAGCUGCAUGGUGUCAUCGAUGAGGUGGUCAGCAAGAUUGAUGGGGUUGGAUACAGCAACGUGGGGCCGUGGCAGAGAGGGCCUGAGCCCGAGCCUGAACCACGGCGCGAGAGGUCGAUCUGGUAG